UACAACAAGAAGCAGCCGCAACGCAAAAAAGGGAAGCAAAUGGUGAGGCCACGUGUUAAGAACGGGAACCGUCCCGGUAUUCUUGCGAUAGAUUGACCGACUUGCGGCUCUCCGUGCAGAGAAUAGGCGACCCCAACUUUUUUCUCCUCUCUCUCACUCUCACUAUCUUUUUCUCUGUGUCCAUUUUUUUUUUUUUCUACUUUUUAUAAUAUAUAUAUAUAUAUAUAUAUAUACACGCAUAUAUGCCUCUUGAUUCCACAUACCUCUCUCAUUUUUUCGAAUUCAGAAAGAGACAAAGUUUAGGGCUGAAAUUUUUGAGGCCGGAAAAUGGGGCGGAAGAAGGUGGAAAUGAAGAGGAUCGAGGACAAGAGCAGUCGUUACGCCACCUUCUCGAAGCGAAGAUCCGGACUCAUGAAGAAGGCCCGAGAACUCUCCAUUCUUUGCGACGUCGAGGUCUCUCUCGUUAUCUUCUCCAGCCGCGGCAAGCUCUAUGAGUUCUCUAGCACCGACUGCUUUGGCAAAGUUCUUGAGCGUUAUCAAAGACGACGUGACGAGGAUAAGAAAUAUUCUAGGGGAACUAACAAUGCAGAGAACUACGACUCCGACUAUGUGAACUUGCCACCAUAUCCAGAACUACUGCAAACAGUUCAAAGGUGCCUUGAAGGCCCAGAUAUUGACCAGUUCAGUGUGAGUGAUCUUGUGCAACUAGAGAAACAAUUUGAUGCUGCACUUACACUAACCAGAUACAGAAAGACACAACUCUGGAUGCAAUCCGUAUCCGACCUACAUGAAAAGGAAAAAAUGCUGAAAGAAGAAAAUGAGUUGCUAGAGAGGGAGAUUGCAGCAAUGAAGAAGAACGUCAAUGGCUCGAACAAGGCAAUAAGGUUUACAAAUACUGGAAACAACAACAACGAAGACGGCGACAACAAUUUGAUUGAACAUUCCCAACGGGCAACACUUCAUUUGCUUCGAUAAACCACUGUGGAUGCACCCACCCAGGAGGUGGCACAGCGUGGUUGGUCAAAGGUGCUGCUACAUAUUGGCUGUUGGCUGUUGUGCAUUGGUGGAAAUAGCUGACACUACGUACAAAUUCUACUUUCCAACAGCAGUUAGGGAUGCGUGAAAUAUAUUAAAUGUUACUUUCAUGAUAUAUUUAAUGCUUCAGAGAGUACCUCUUCUAGUCUACUCCUUGUCUUUUGCUGAUCGGGUGUAAUAAGCCUGCUUACGUAGCUUGACCAUAAUAUAAUAUAAUAUUUUUAUGGUA